AUGGCUUCCACAACGCUACUUGACCUGCCGGACGAGUUGAUCCACAACAUCUUCCUUCACCUCAGCGCCUCCGCCGCCGCCAACUUCGGCCAAGGCUCGAAACGCCUGUACAAGAUCUCGAAUACCGCCUCACUUUGGCGACGCUGGUGUCGUGAGGAAUGGAGGUAUUGGGAAGAGCGGGAAGACAGACCAAUCCCGGACUACAACCUUCACUCAACAACCCAGUGGAAGCAGGCCUACGCCGACAAGGUCAUUCAGGAUAAACGCUUCUUGACCAUCUUCAACGACCUUCUAAGCACCCAACAAAACCGCAUGGCGCGCAUGCACGACAUUGUAGAGGACUUUUCCUACGAUGCCAAAGACAUGCUGGUGCGCCAACUUCACGCUCCCCAUGACGCUGAUGACGUUCUUGCCCGCCGAUAUUGGAGUGGUGUUAUUCUCGAGUUGCUGCACCGUUACAAGGCGGUACAAACAUGGAAUAAGAUGCAGUAUCAGGACUAUCCGCCUCUUGAAGAGGCCUUGGGCGCCUUUGAUCUUUUCAUUCAGGGUAGCAGCAGCGAUUUCGAACUCGAAGUCUUGAGGGAGGAGCUUGACGAUCUCGCUCAUGCUGUCGAAUCUUCAGACCCGGACUGGCGUGACAAAGACUAUAUCGCUAAAGCCGUUGCCAUCUCAAAGUACUUGAGAGAGCACAAUCUUGUGGGCUGUUCCCCAGAGACCUUCAGUCAUAUGAGAUAUCGCUUCAUCUGCCACGUAUUGAAACACCCUACCGACAAAUCUUCUAUCCCUAUGCAGUCGGUCGCCAUUUUUUGCUGCGUCGCUGAACGACUUGGUGUCAAAGCUUGGCCAUGCAACUUCCCUGGCAAAAUUCAUGCCGUUAUUGAGAGCUCAUACGGUCUUUCGAUCAAAGACACACGCGCAAAUCAUACCAUUCCCGAUGGUGUUGUUUGGAUGAACCCAUUUGAAAAUGAUGAGAUUCUUACGGAGCAGACGAUGCGUGACAUGCUCGACCAGAUGCCUCACUACAACACGCCAGAAAGCCAAUAUUCUUGCUUGACUCGAGCUCACACCCGAGCUUUGGUCUUGAGAAAUGGUGUUAACAUCAUCGGAUCUAUGCAAUUCCAUCGUCCUUCACCAGGAUGGGAAACCCCCAAUAUUGCAUUCUGCGCGCUGUGGGGUCUGAUAACCAUGAGCCAGGUCGACGCCCCUAAGAGUCGUGAACUAGCUGUGCGCCAUCAACAUUGGCUCAACCAGAUAGUAAAUUGGUUCGAAGGCUACGUUCAAGAUGGGCUGUGGCUUGAUGACGCUCUGCUAUUCGAAAAAUUUGUCUUGCCUAUGUUAGACGGAGCGGAAGCAAAGGCUAGACUGGCAUCUGUCUUGCAGCAGAUUCGAGUUGCAGAUGCCAAUGCGAAUCCUGUUACUCCUCGAGACGAGCGCACAUCCUUAGUCAAACACAAAGUGGGACAAAUCUUCCGACACGUACGCUAUGGCUAUGUGGGUGCGGUCAUUGGUUGGGAUCCGAGCUGCCAGGCCGGCGAAUUCUGGAUCCAGAGUAUGCGCGUUGAAGACCUUCCCCAUGGUCGCGAACAAAGCUUCUACCAUAUCAUAUGCGAAGAUGAGUCUCUACGCUAUGUAGCAGAAGAAAACAUCGUGGUACUCCAAGAAGACCCAUCUGAGAAUUUGCUAAAACUUGCUGGUCGCUACUUCAAGCGCUGGGACCAGGAGAACAAAGUCUUUAUUAGCAAUAUCAAGGAUGAAUACCCUGACGAUUGA